AAUGGAUAAACACACAUAUUCCAGAAACGUUUAUUGUUAUUUAUUUCUCCACGGCAGCAUGACAUUGAUAUAAGCGCCAGUGUCCAAGCAUGAGACUCGAUCAGCCGGUUCUUCCGUUUCAGAGGACUUCCGUGUUUACAUGUCUGCAGUAGCAGGCACUGAUCCCUCAUGGCUUUCGUUACGAAGAAGGAUCGCAGCAAAGAACGAUUUUCGCUGCUGUUGCUGGAUUUGGAGGAACAUUAUUUUGAACAGCACACUGCAUAUAAUCUGACCAGCAGAGGUCCGGAGGCAAACAGACGUACUAGUGGCUCGCUAAAAAUCUGUUCCAAAUCAGUCAUUUUUGAACCCGAUGAUGCUGUUAAGCCUAUUUUAAAGAUUCUUCUGAAAGACUGCAAAGGAAUAGGAGCAGUGGAGGAAACGGGCCACAACCCUUUUAUAGAAAGUAAACCUCCCUGUAUUCUUAUAGAAACCAAGCAGAUUUAUCUAAUUAAAGAAGACAAUGUGGUUGCUCCAUAUAAAUAUGAAAGGGGAGAGAAAAAGGUCACAUUCCAAUUGGAGGUGCUGGGAAAAACAGAGGAUGUUGUUCAGAUCGUAUUACAGUUACACAGAGCAUCCUGUCUGGAUAAGCAGGGUGACCAGACAGCAAUGGUUGCAGCUAUACUGCAGUCCAGGUUAGCAAGAACGUGUUUUGAUAAAAACAGUUUUCAGCAUGUAACAGAAAACCCUCACAUGGAGUGUGUGGCAGAAAUGGUUUCUCCUUUGGUGACAAACGCGGGUCACGUUUGCAUCACUGAUUGCAAUCUUUACUUCCAGCCUAUGAACGGCUAUCCUGAUUUAGUGGUGCAGAUUGGGUUACAUAGUGUAAGACGCAUCUACAAACGGAGACAUGGGCUGAGGCCUUUGGGCCUUGAGGUGUUCUGCACAGAGAAUGAUCUGUGCUCGGAUAUCUACCUGAAGUUCUACAGUACUAAAGAAAGAGAUGAGCUUUACUACUACAUUGCAACUUUCCUUGAAAAUCAUGUAGCGGAGUGCACAGCGGAGAGCUACAUGCUACAGUGGCAGAGAGGUCACAUCUCCAACUAUCAGUACCUACUUCAUCUAAACAAUUUAGCAGACCGCAGUGUAAAUGACCUUUCCCAGUAUCCAGUGUUCCCCUGGGCCAUCAGUGACUACAGCAGCACACAGCUGGAUUUGCUGAACCCUGCUUCAUUUCGAGAUCUCGGUAAACCAAUUGGAGCUUUGAAUACAGAGAGACUGGAGAGAUUACUGGAACGCUACAGAGACAUGCCUGAGCCUCAUUUUAUGUAUGGCAGUCAUUAUUCAUCACCUGGAUAUGUGCUUUUCUACCUUGUCAGAGUUGCUCCAGAGCACAUGCUUUGCCUACAGAAUGGACGAUUUGAUCAGGCAGACAGAAUGUUUAACAGUGUUGGUGAGACAUGGAAGAAUUGUUUAGAGGGAGGCACAGAUUUCAAAGAGCUGAUUCCUGAGUUCUAUGGAAGUGAUAGCAGCUUUCUGAAGAAUCUGCUAGGUUUGAAUUUGGGCAGGAGGCAGGGAGGAGGCAGAGUUGAAAAUGUUGAACUUCCUCCUUGGGCAUCAGCAGAUCCGGAUGACUUCUUGGAGAAAAUGUGUUUAGCACUGGAGAGUCAGUAUGUGUCUGAACACCUGCACGAGUGGAUUGAUCUGAUUUUUGGCUACAAACAGAGGGGAAGUGAAGCUGUGGCUGCCCAUAAUGUUUUCCAUCCAUUAACGUAUGAGGGAGGAGUUGACUGCGAUAGUAUUGAGGACCCAGAUCAGAAAAUAGCCAUGCUAACUCAGAUAUUGGAGUUUGGACAAACGCCACGACAACUCUUUGUCACUCCUCAUCCUCAGAGGAUCACUCCACGCUUCCACAACCUGUCAGCAACCCCCAGCCUCAGCAGCAGUGAGCUCUCACCAGGGUCUCCAAGUAUGGAAUCAUUUGAGGACCUGACAGAGGAGAGUAAGAAAAUGGCCUGGAGCAACAUGAACAAACUUGCAUUGCAAUCUUGCCACAAAAUACACAAAGAAGCAGUAACAGGCAUUGCUGUGACCCUCACUGGGGAUUCAAUCUUCUCAACUUCUCAAGACUCCACAUUGAAGAUGUUCUCAAAAGAAAAUGGACUGCAAAGAAGUGUGUCCUUCUCGAACAUGGCACUGUCCUCCUGUCUGAUGCUGCCUGAUGAUAAGAUUGUUGUGUGCUCCUCCUGGGACAACAAUGUAUAUUUUUACUCUAUAGCAUACGGAAGAAGACAAGACACUUUGAUGGGUCAUGAUGAUGCAGUUAGUCAUAUUUGCUGGAGGGAUGACAAACUUUACACAGCAUCUUGGGAUUCUACUGUGAAGAUUUGGAAAUGUGCAGCAGAUGACAUCUCCAGUAAUAAAAGGACUCAGUUUGACCUGCUUGCUGAAUUUGAACAUGAGGCCGGGGUUAAUACUUUAGAUCUCAGCCCAGCUGGCACACUUUUGGCAACAGGUACUAAAGAAGGAACACUUACUCUUUGGGACAUUGCCAACCCUCUCCCACUAAAUCAGAUGACCUGCCAUGCUGGAAAGAUUCAUCAGGUGGCCUUCAGUUCUGACAGCAGACAUAUACUGAGUGUUGGGGAGGACUCGUGUUUGGUGGUUACAGAUGUGCAGACAGGCAUGCUCAUCGCUACUGUACACGCAGAGCAAGAGCAGAGGUGUUUCUGCUGGGAUGGUAACACUGUGUUGUCUGGAGGGAUGUCAGGAGAUCUCAGUGUAUGGGACCUCCUUAGCAGUAAAGUCAUCCACAAGAUACCUGCUCACACAGGUGCAGUCACGUGUAUGUGGAUGAAUGAACAAUGCAGUACUAUCAUCACAGGUGGUGUGGACAAACAGAUCAUUCUUUGGAAGCCGGAGUAUUAACAGUAACACUUCAAUAAUGUUCGAUAAAACAAUUCAGUCAUUUUUCAGACCAUUCGGACCAAGGUCCAUUUUCACCAUGUGAUUUCAUGGGACAAUUUGAACAGUAUUGAACUCCUCUGAAAUAGAAAUCUUGACAAUGGUUUUGUUAUAUUUGGUCAAUUUUUAUGAUAAGCUUGGUUGGAUAGAUUGCAGGGUUUUAAAUAACUGUAAGCACCUUAACAGUUUUACAUUUUAUUAUUUAGCUUUUGUUUUGUUUUUUGUUUAGCGUUUUAUGUUUUAUGUUUUGUUUUGUUUUUUAGGAUCUGAAAACUAGCUCUGUUUGGUAGCUGGAAUGUUACCAAAAGAUAUGAAUGUCCUAUUUGGCUCAGUGAUAUAUAUAUAUAUUUUUUUUCUUCUUUUUUUUUUUUUUCUUUUAAUAUUAUACAUGUAUAACAUUUGGCAUGUCAAAUCUCUCUCAAAACAUGCAUAAAAACAUCAACAAUUCAUAUGAUUUAUAAAGACAAUCAGUUAUGAUGAUUGUCAUUAUUAUUAUUGCUUUUGAUAAAUGUAACCGCCAAAUCAUACUUAUUAAAAAUCAUAAUACAUCAUGCUCGCAAAUUUGACAAAAUUCUGAGAUCAACUCUUGACACCUUUAUUAUAGGUGACAUGCUCAGAAGUGUAUGUAUUAUAGGAAUGUUCAGAAGUAUUAAGUAGUUAUAUAUACAUAUAGUACAUGUUUGAUGUCCCGAAGGUUUGCUGCUGUCUUUUUUAGUGAUAAAUAUUUGAUGGGGCUCUUUUUUUUUUUUUUUUUUUUUUUAAAUGUGCCUUAGUUUUUAAUGGUUUGAACUUGAGCGUUUCUUUUAAUGCCCACUCUUUAAAUAUGCUUGCAUCUUCAGCUAAAAUAUAUACAUAAACAUUAUUACAUUAUGUAUGACAAUAUAUUUAAGUGAAAGUUAGAGUAAAACAUUCUGCAAUAUAAUAAACUAUAGCGUUACAUCUUAACAGGUUAUGGAUGCAUUUGUGUAUAUACAAAUUUUAUAUUUCAUACACUAUUUAUGUUACAACAAUGCCUUGAAAUAUUGCUCUUCAGUGAAGAACACUUUGUGAUAUGUAUUUAAAAAAAUUAGACAUUAUAUCAAUAUCACAAGAUUAUGCAAUAUAUUGUAAACCCUCAAUGAGCUCACAAGUUAUUAAAAGGAUUGUUCUCUCAAAAAUGAAAACUGUCAUCCCCCAUGUUUUUCCAAACAUGUAUAACUUUCUUUAUGCUUUGGAACACAAAUGAAGAUAUUUUGGUAAAAUCUUAACUUUUUUUUUCUACAUACUGUACAAUGAAAUUCAAUAGGGUCAAAUGUUGUUUGGCUCCAGUGUUAUAGAAAAUAUCAUCUUUUGUGUUCUGUGAAGAAAUGAAGAAAUGCAUACAACUGGGAAACCACAAGAGGGUGAGUAAAUUAUAACAGAAUUUUCAUUUUUGGGUGAAUAAUUAUAAAAAGUGGCAUUUUAUGUGUGUACAUGUUUUAGUAUAUUAGGUUUAUGAAUUGGACUCAUUUUCUGUCCUGUAUGUUUUGGGUUAUAAUGUUUUUUUUUUUUUUUAACUAUGUAUUUCAUUGCUUUUUGGAAGAAAACUGCUGGAAUUUCAAAAUGUCUUUACAAUUGCACAAAUGUUAUUAGUUUGUUUCUCCAAAAGCUUUUCUCUUUGUUUUUUUGUUUUUUGAGGGUGGUUUGUAAUAAAUAUUAACAUGACUAAAUACGCAAAGAUACAGAUUAAAACUAUCCUUUGUCUGAUUA